AUGCUCGCUGUCGAACGCGCCUCGCUGCCGGCUAUGGCCUCUGAUAGGCCUGACGAUCAAUCUGAGGAAAAGAUCGAGCACACUGGACCUGAUGUCAUCCAGCCCCAUGCUCUCAUCGACCACCUGCUUCCACAACAACUUGGCCGAGGAGUGCUUAUUCCUCUGAAGACGACUUUGGAAAUCCGACAAGACCACACCAUUGUUCAGGCUUUGAUCACGAGGGCUCCAUCUACGUCUACUAACAAUGUCGUCAAUCUGAUCCGCUCGAUGCUCCCUGAAGGCGUGGCUAACAACUUGCCUCACUUGCGAAGAUGUGCGAAGCCAGCGGAUAUCCCGGCUCAUCUCAAAACACAGUUCAUGAACGACUCCCCCGAAGGCCGCCAAGUCCACACGGGUAAAUCCACCUGGAUCUACAUCAUGCUUGGUGAAGAGAAAGACUUCGAUAAGCACGACUUGGUCGCAAAGCUGGGAGCCAUCGAAGGAAUGGAUGAGAGCGUCUUCCUCACCAAGAUUCCGAUUCCCAUGGUACCGCCUACUUCUCAGGUGCAGGCAGCUAUGUGGACCUCGCAGUUCUGGCCUACGGUGUAUAGAAAGAACAACCCUCUUGGACCGCACCCUAGCAUGGUGGGACGAUCAACGGAAACCAUCAAGGAUGAGACAUCUCUGUGGAUGACCUUGGCCCAUCGCGUCGCCUUCCAGGCGAAGAAGGCGGGUAUCGGUGAACCCAUGGGUGCCGUCAUCGUCCAGCGCGAAGGGGGAAAAUCCCACCUCGUAGCGGUUGCCGGAGAUGCUCGUUGGCACCAGGAGCCCAAUAGAAGCGGUACCGGCAACCCCAUGGGUCACUGCGUGCUCAGAGCUAUCAGCAUGGUGGCGCAGAAGCUUGUGCGACACGAGAGACGUGCAGCCGGCCGCUCCCACGUGCCGGCUAUCCUUGAAUACGACACUUUUCAAGAUCUUCCGCUCUUGGAAGACGAGCUUACGGUCCAUGAAGACGAGCAUCCCAACGCGGACGGCUACCUGUGCCACGGUAUGGAGAUGUACUUAACUCACGAGCCUUGCGUCCAAUGCUCGAUGGCUAUCCUUCACUCGCGGAUGGGCAAGGUCGUCUUCGCUCAACGCAUGCCACUUACUGGGGGCAUGUGCUCGGAAGAUCGAGGACAUGGCCAUCCCGAGCUGGAGAACUGCGGUGGAGGCGAGGGUCUUGGCCUCUUCUGGAGACGUGAGCUGAACUGGAGCUUGUUGGCGUGGGAGUGGGAAUCGAGCGACUGCGUGGGACCUUUGCCGCCGGUUGAUCACAGAGUCCAUGCUUAG